GAGACAAGUUCCUCUUCUAUGGGCAGUCACUUUUCAGACAUCAGCCCUGGGCUUCCUAUCGGGGCUUCCUCCCCGUCCUCUAACACCAAGGCACCAUGACUCUUACCCCACAGAUGCCACCUUUGCUGCUGCUGCUGCUGCUGCUGCUGUGUGCAGGGUCCCAGUCUCAGGAUUCCAGAUUUCAGCUGCAAGUGCAGACACCCAUGAUGGUGCAGGAGGGCCUAUGUGCAUUCGUGCCCUGCAGUUUCUCUUACCCCUCAGUCCAAUACACUGAGGAGGACCCAACUCACGGCUACUGGUUCCGGGAAGGGACCAAUACAGAGCAGGGUGCUCCAGUGGCCACAAACAACCCCAAUCGUGAAGUGCAGCAGGAGACCCAAGGCCGUUUCCACCUCCCUGAAGACCUCAGGGACUACAACUGCUCCCUGGACAUCAGAGACGCACAGAAAAGGGACUCGGGGACAUACUUCUUUAGGGUGGAGAGAGGGUCUUAUGUGAAAUACAAUUACAUAGGGAGGAAAUAUCAUUUCAAGAACUACCGGCUCUUCCUGCAUGUGACAACUCUCACACGGACACCUGACAUCCACAUCCAGGGGCCCCUAGAAUCUGGCCAGCCCAAGAACAUUACCUGUAGUGUGCCCUGGGCCUGUAAGAGGGGGACACCCCCGAUCUUCUCUUGGAUCGGGGAUGCCCUCACCUCCCUGGGCCAUGGGACACACUUCUCCUCGGUGCUCACCCUCACCCCGGGGCCCCAGGACCAUGGCACCAACCUCACCUGUCAAGUGACCUUCCCUGGAGCUAACGUGAGCACAGAGAGGACCAUCCAGCUCAACGUGUCCUAUGCGCCCCAGAACCUGACCAUCAGCGUUUUCCCGAGAGAAGGCACAGCACCUGAGGCUCUGGGCAACGGUUCAUCUCUCCCAGUCCAGGAGGGCCAGUCCCUACACCUGGUCUGUGACCACAACAGUAACCCUCCUGCCAAGGUGAGCUGGACCCGGGGCAGCCUGACCCUGAAGCCCUCACAACCCUCAAAUCCCGGGAUCCUGCAACUGCCCCGGGCGGAACUGGGGGACCAUGGGAUAUACGUCUGCCGAGCUCAGCACCCGCUGGGCUCUUUGGAAGCAUCCCUGAGCCUCCUUGUGAAGAAACCCCCGAAGCUGUUUGGUCCCUCCUGCUCCUGGGAGGGUGAGGGGUUGCACUGCACCUGCUCUGCUCAAUCCCAGCUGCCCCCCUCCCUGCACUGGCGGCUGGGGGAGGGACUGCUGGAGGGGAACCACAGCGAUGCCUCCUUGACCGUCACCUCCAGCUCCGAGGGGCCCUGGGCAAACAGCAACCUGAGCUUCAUGGAGCCGCUGGGCUCCAGCCUCAGACUCAGCUGCGAGGCCAGGAAUGUGCAUGGGGAACAGAGCGCCACCGUCCUGCUGUUGCCAGGGAGACCAGGGCCCAGGACAGGUGUGCUUCAGGGGGCGAUUGGGGGAGCUGGUGUCACGGCCCUGCUUGCUCUGUGUCUCUGCCUCAUCAUCUUCUUCGCAGUGAAGACCUACAGGCAGAAAUCAACCGGGAAAGCAGUGCACAGGAAUGACGUCCAUCCCACAUUGAAUACAGUCUCCCAGGAUCACAGCCAGUCAGACAGCCGGUCAGACCCCCUUUCCCCAGCCUCAGCUGCCUUCCCUUCAGAGAAAGAGGGGAAGCUCCACUACGCCUCCCUCACAUUCCACGGGCUGAGGCCACACAACUUUCAGGACCGGGAGACCACCGAGUAUGCAGAGAUCAAGACCCAGAAAUGACGACCUCACCCACGGAGCCCAGACAGGGCAUCUCUGAGGAAAUGCGUGUCAGGCACUGAUGUUUUUAUUUUUAUUUUAAAACUUUUUUAAUGUUUAUUUAUUUA